UCACAUCUCCCUAUCUCCAAAACAUUCUACAUUUCAACCAAUUAUCAUUUUUCAUUCUUCUGCAAUUCAUUCAAAAUCCUAGGCUGUGAUGGGUGUUUUCACUUAUGAGGAGGAAGUCACUAGCACACUCUCUGCACACAGACUAUUCAAGGCUAUAGCCUUUGAAACUGAUGUCAUUGUCCCUAAAAUUGCACCACAUGCCAUUAAGAGCUAUGAGCUUGUUGAAGGUGAUGGAGGACAAGGAAGCAUCAAGAAGAUUACUUUCGCCCAAGGCAGUCAAUUCAAGUAUGUGAAGCACAAGAUUGAUGUACUUGACAAAGAGAGCUUCACAUAUGGCUACACUAUAAUUGAAGGUGAUGCUUUGAUGGACACACUUGAGAAAAUCAGUUACGAGACCAAGUUUGUGCCUGCUCCUAAUGGAGGGUGCAUUUGCAAAGGCACCAGCAAGUAUUACACAAAGGGUGACAUUGAGCUCAAGGAAGAAGAAAUCAAUGCAGGCAAAGAAAAGGCAAGGGGAAUGUUUAAGGGUAUUGAAGCCUACCUCUUGGCAAAUCCUGAUGCCUAUAAAAAAGGAUCAAUCAUGGGUGUUCUGUCAUUCAGCGACGAGUUCACUUGCCCUGUCCCAGCCAAAAAGCUAUUCACUGCCCUGAUUCUUGAUGCUGCUAACCUCAUCCCCAAGCUCAUACCUCAGGCUGUUAAGAGUAUCGAAACGAUUGAAGGCAAUGGAGGCCCUGGAAGCAUCACAAAAAUGACCGUAAUCGAAGAUGGUGAAGUCAAGUAUGUGAAGCAUAGGAUUGAUGCAUUAAACAAAGAGAAUAUGACAUACAGUUACACAGUGAUUGAGGGCGAUGUCCUAGCGGAGAAAUUUGAAUCAAUUUCUUUUGAGAUUAAGCUCCAGGGAACUCCUGAUGGAGGGUGUGAGGGUACAACUGUUGGCAAGUAUCAUCCAAAGGCAGGUGUCGAGAUUAUGGAAGAGGAAAUUAAGGAUCGCAAGGAUAAGGCCAGUGCUGUUUUCAAGGCUGUGGAAACCUACCUCAUUGCAAAUCCCGAGGCUUAUGCUUAAUGAUUAUUGCUAUAUACUGGACUUCCUACUUUAUGUGAUGUGUUACAGGAAUUUGGGUUCAAUAUUUGUCAUUGUGGCCUAAAAAGCAUUUCUUGCUUAGUCAAUGCAAUAAAUAAAAACUCAUCUUGUUAAAUCUAA